CACAUUCAAGCUACACUCACAGUCACCAAGAACCAAGGUCAUUGCCGUAAUUUCGUAGUCAGCAUUCAACAAACCCGCCCCGUCAGAUAGUCAGUCACUGUCGGAACUCUUCUUCUUCCUCCUCCAGCGUCAUGUCCCUUUUCUCCGCCCCCGCUCUCGGAGGAGCAGCCGCCUUAAAAGCCAUUCCUUCGCCGCAAAAGAACCACCGUACCAGAACCUCCGAUCAGCUCUACCUCCUCUCUUCGCAAAUUCACUGGCUCAAUGCCUCCCCUUCUUCCCUUCGUCCUCUUCGCUCCGUUCAACAACGCCUUCGAGUUCGGGUUUCUUCAAAUGACGCUCACUUCAACUCCAUUCCCGACAAGAACGAACCGUACAACCAGAAACGACAGCAGCAGCAGCAGCAACAGCAACUGGAACCGAGUUUUACAGAGUUCAUCACUUCGGAGAGGGUGAAAGUGGUGGCGAUGCUUGCUCUCGCUCUUGCUCUGUGUAACGCCGAUCGCGUCGUCAUGUCAGUCGCCAUCGUGCCGUUGUCCCUCGCCAAUGGCUGGAGCCGCGCUUUUGCCGGUGUCGUUCAGUCGUCUUUUCUCUGGGGUUAUUUCGCUUCACCUAUAGCUGGAGGUAUGUUGGUUGAUCACUAUGGCGGCAAGGUGGUCAUGGCUUGGGGAGUGGCACUGUGGUCGCUGGCUACUUUUCUUACUCCCUUUGCUGCGGAGAACUCGCUUUUGGCACUGCUUGCUGUUCGUGCUUUGCUCGGCAUAGCUGAAGGAGUUGCUCUUCCUUCCAUGAAUAACAUGGUGGCCAGAUGGUUUCCUCAAACUGAACGCGCAAGGGCUGUUGGAAUUUCAAUGGCUGGGUUUCAGCUUGGAUGCGCAUUAGGGCUCUCACUGUCUCCAAUCCUUAUGUCACAAGGUGGUAUAUUUGGUCCAUUUGUGAUUUUUGGCUUGUCUGGGUUUCUUUGGGUCUUGGUAUGGUUAUCUGCAACGUCCAGCACUCCUGACCAAAGUCCUCAGAUAUCACAAUAUGAAUUGGAGUAUAUAUUGAAUAAAAGGCAAAAUUCUGUUGCCGUUGAGACAGCAAAAACCAAGAAAGUUAAAGUGAUCCCUCCUUUCAGGCGCUUGUUUUCUAAGAUGCCAACAUGGUCUCUAAUUGUUGCAAAUUCCAUGCAUAGCUGGGGGUUUUUUAUUGUUCUUUCUUGGAUGCCCAUAUACUUCAACUCGGUAUAUCAUGUGGAUCUCAGGCAUGCAGCAUGGUUCAGUGCUGUUCCAUGGGCUGUGAUGGCUAUCAUGAAUUACAUGUCUGGCUUGUUGUCCGAUAUGAUGAUACAAAGUGGCACAAGUGUCACUUUGACUCGUAAAAUUAUGCAGACCAUUGGUUUUGUUGGUCCUGGAGUUUGUCUCAUCGGGUUGGCAACAGCAAAGAAUCCCUCCGUUGGUGCUGCUUGGCUUACUGUAGCUUUUGGCCUGAAAUCUUUCAGUCACUCUGGCUUUCUUGUGAACCUUCAGGAGAUUGCACCAAAAUAUUCUGGCGUUUUACAUGGAAUUUCAAAUACGGCCGCAACAUUGGCUGCUAUAAUUGGAACAGUUGGAGCUGGCUAUUUUGUUGAGCUAGUUGGUUCCUUCCCAGGAUUUCUGUGGCUUACAUCACUACUGUAUUUUCUUUCUGCUCUUUUCUACUGCCUCUUCUCAACUGCAGAGAGAGUAAAUUUUGAUGAUCCUGCUUUCCAAGUCUCCUUGUAUUAAAUGCUGAUGAAAUUUAUGUCAAACCCUCGUGACAGUUAGCUGAAGAGUAUCAGAAACGGUAUGCUGCAUUGUACAGAACAAUCUCUUGUAGUAUAUGAAAAGGAAAUUAGAUGAAGAAUGGCAAAAAUGGUUACAUUGUGAAGUUGGUCUUUUCCUAUAAAACAGACUCUAACCUUCUUCAAUUACCUGGCGUAUAACCAUUGAUGUAUAAUUGUAUAGUUUGUUUUUGGCCACCCUUGAUGGUAUUGUUUUGGGUGCAUUUGGAGUUGUGGGUUGAUGUGGAAAGUAUGCUAAACAGGGUAUCCUUUUCUUUGCUUCUAAACAUCUUUCUAAUAAUAACUGACUGAAGGAUUUUUUUUUUUUAAAAAAAAAAUCUAAAACAUA